AUGAACGGAACAACCACUACUAAUGGCUAUACAACGAACGGGGUGCACCCUGCGCACGCGGACAUCAACGAUGCAAACGACGCAGCUCCACCGCAAGACAGAUUGAUCGUUGGCGUUGACUUCGGUACAACAUACAGUGGUGUCGCUGCUGCAUACAGUGCAACCCCAGACGAUAUCGACAUAAUCAAGACUUGGCCUGGAGGCAACGGCAUCACAUCCGACAAAGUCCCCACCGAGAUAGCGUAUUUCGAUGCUGCUCCGCCAACAGAACCGAGUCCUGUAUCGCCAUUAGAAGGACCGUCAGACGGCUCAACCGCAGCGAAGACGAUACGAUGGGGCUUCCAGUUCAAGCCCGAGGAGUCGCGACUGCGAUGCAUCAAGCUCUUCCUCGACCGCAAUCAGAAACUGCCGCACUUUGUCUCGCCCUUGGAUACGGCGGCUCAACUACGAAAAUGCGACAAGACGGUCAUGGACGCGGUGUCCGAUUACUUAACGAAGAUCUACGAGCAUACGAUGGAGACCUUGAACAGGAGGUACGGCGAGAGCUUUGUUAGCACAACCAAGAUCGAGUUUGUCCUGACAGUACCGGCCGUGUGGUCGGACGCUGCGAAGAAUGCCACGCUGCAAGCGGCAGAAAGAGCCGGUAUGGGCAGUAGGCAUGAGUUGAAGCUGAUUAGCGAGCCGGAAGCUGCGGCAGUGUACACUCUGAAGAACAUUCAGCCGAGUGGACUGAAGAUUGGCGACAACUUUGUUGUUUGUGAUGCCGGCGGUGGUACGGUCGACCUGAUAGCGUACAAGGUCACGCAGCUGAAUCCAUUGCGUGUGGAAGAGAGCGCGGUCGGUACAGGCGGUCUCUGCGGGUCUGCGUUCCUCAACUACCGCUUCGAAGACCAUGUCAGAGAGCGAAUUGGCGCAGAAAGGUACGACAACAUGCGGGAGCGCAAGCCGAAGACUUGGCAGAUGGGUCUGCGGUACUUUGAAGAGUUCGUCAAGCGCAACUUCAAUGAGGAAGAGCAUAGCGAGGUCAACGUGCCGUUUCCUGGCUUACCGGAUGACGAGGAAGCUGGUCUGGACUCUGGGUUCCUGAUCAUGAGCGCACAGCAGGUAAAGGACAUCUUCGAGCCCGUGAUUCGACAAGUGCUGGAGCUGGUCGAUGGCCAAGUGCAGGCGAUCAAGUCCAAGGAUGGCGUCGUAUCCGGCAUUGUUCUCGUCGGAGGCUUUGGCCAGUCGAACUACUUGUACACGCGGCUAAAGCAGCAUUUCAACUCCGUGCCUCCGCCGCCGUAUACCGAGCAGCCAACGCAUGCGGUUGCGGCCGCCGCCCAGCACAGUGUUGAGGUGCUGCAGCCCAUGCAUGCCUGGACUGCGGUGGUCAGAGGAGCGGUCCUACGAGGCAUAGAAGGUAGCGUAGUUGAUAAGCGGCGAAGCCGGUGGCACUACGGUACCAGCUAUGCCACAGUGUUCGAUGAAAAGAAGCAUCCGGUCGAGGACCGGUACUGGAGUCCGCUCUGGGAGAGGUGGAUGGUUAGCGAUCGGAUGCAGUGGCAUAUCGCCAAGGGCACGCCCAUCUCCGCCGACCAACCCAUCUCCUUCCACUACACUCGCAACUUCCGACCCGGUCAGUCUCUCAUCGUGGAAGACGACCUCAUCGGUUGCGAAACCGAGACCGCGCCCGACGCGUUCGGCAAGGCGUUAGUCAAGGUCUGCACGCUGACUACUGACCUUAACUCGGUGCCGCGAAGCCUGUUCACGCGCUUGACGACAACUAAAGGCAUCGAGUUCGACAACCUGGACUUCGAGCUGCACAUGAAGAUUGAAAGUGCCAACCUUGUGUUUGAGUUGCGCGUGGACGGUGUGAAGUACGGUAGCGUACAAGCCGAUUUUCACUGA